CGAGGCGUGUGAAGGAAUGGAGGCUACACAGAUAAUCAGUGACUCAAUCUUGGAGUCGGAUGAGGAUGAAAAUGAAGAAGAUACUAACAAAAGAGGGCAACCCUUGGCCAAGCUGCUAAUCUUAAAAAAUCAGCACAUACCUGAGACAGAGAUGCCUCUUUUCUUGGGUGAUAAUGUGCUGGGCCGUGACCCCACCUCCUGCACCUUGACCCUCCCAGCACCCUCCGUGUCCAAGCAGCACGCCUCCAUUUCCAUAUCGGUCUACCGAAGAAGAGGUGGUCAGAGUGAAGUGGACAUGGAGGCUUUGGUCUGGGAUCUGGGGAGCAUGAAUGGUACCCGUAAAGGGCGCCUAAAGCUGACUCCUAAUGUGCGCUAUGCCCUUAGUGAGGGUGAUGGCUUGGUGGUAGCCGACAUCCCGUGUCAGUAUGUCAGCUGGAGUGCACACGCAGCCUCUUCUCAAGCGGACACAGGGACCCCUCUGAACCAAAAUUCAGGAGUCAAGGCCUCUUUGCCAGAUGGCUCAAGGGAAAAUGAAAGUGACACGAGCACAGGCAGCCAGAAAUGUGUCGACAAGGGUACGAAACCUCUGCUGUCAUUGACGACCCCAGACAGAGGCAGUUGCUUGUCCUUUGAGCAAACUCCAGCUCAGCCACAGGGGAGUUUGGUCCCAGAAUCUGACUCUGACUCAGAGAACGAAAGAGACGGACGAGCAGGCAGAAGCCGCAGCUGCCUAGUGUCUGAUUCAAGCUCCCAUAAAUCCAGUCCGAACUGUUCUACACUCCUGAGUCCUGCAAACAAAACCAUUCCUGAAAGUGAUGAUGAAGGUCUCGGCACACCGUCUUCCUCGAACAAAAAUAGGCCACACAGACAUGUCAGCUUCGCCACGGAGGAAACAGAUGAGGAUGUGGGGCGACAGGAGCUGCACAAAGCAAAUGCAGUUAAAAAUAUGAAUGCCUGUGAAGCGGAGGAAGGCAGGCAGGAAGAAAGAGCAUCUGAAGGAGGGUUAUGUACACCAGGAAAAGACAGCAAUGUCAAUCUUUCAGGGGAAGGUGAACCGCCCGUUUCCAACCCAGCGAUUCCAGCUUUUAACAUGGACAGUGACACUGACGUCGAGGGAGAGGAGGAAGGGGUCAUGUCUGCAGGGGUCGAGUCUGCAGCGCCCUUGAUCUUGAAUGCAAACCAACAAGCUGACAGGCCGCCAGACACCGUCCAGUUUCACAUGGACAGUGAUACAGAUGACGGCGAAGAUGAGGAUGAGGGUGUUCUCAGUAAAGCUCCAGAAAUUUUGCCGCCUUCUCAUGAAAAUCCUCAUGAGAUUUCAGUUAUUCAUCCCGAGGGCAUCACCACGGACAGCGACACCGAUGUAGAUGAAGACACCGCUGUGUCAGAUGCCGCCACAAAAGCGAAAUCCACAUCGUUUCAGAGUACACGCUCAGCUGACUCUGCAUCUUCAGUGAAGCUGAAAGAGUUCCACCUUGACAGUGACACAGACGUCGAGGAGGAAGAAGGGGACAGUGGAGCAAAACCCCUAAACUCUGAAAAGCCUGAAACAUCCAACAAAUUAGAUAUUAAACUUAUUGGUCCCAAUUCUACCUCUGCUGCCCCAAACAGGAUGGACCUUAAUAGUGACACCGAUGAUGAAGCUGUUCCUGCCCCAUCUGCCAGUAAACCCUCCUCGGCUGCUACCGGGACAGAAUUGAUAGCUGCUACAGAUGUAGGAGCUGAUUUGGAUAUUCUGUCUGACAGUGACACAGAUGUAGAGGACGGUGCUCCCCUGGUUCCGCCUGCUGCUGUCCAGACCCUGGCAGGCGCAGCGUCAAAAGCUUCACAGUCAGACUCUGAUGCAGACACAGAUGUGGAUGAACCCGGGAUGCCCCCCGCUGGGGACCAGACCAAUCAAGUUGAAAAAGUGGACAGUGAUACAGAUGUGGACGAUGAGGAUGUAGCAGCAGGCGUGGACCAGAUCUCCAGACCACAAGGGGAAGCUCCACCUGGGCUACACCUUCCUCAGCUGAACUGUUCUACUCCUCUGCAGUUACCAGAAGACGUGGCAGAGAUGGAAACUCAGGCUUUCAUAAGUCCUUUGACAGGUACAAUUGGAUCCCCCUCUAUACGACCUGUCGUACUCUCUUCUUUCCAAGAAUGCCUGGAGGAUGAGGACUUGGCCACAGCUGAGACACAAGCCUUCAUUCCUAAUACCUGGCAAAGCAAGAACUCAAGCCGAACAUCAGCGCUUGAUUCCCCUGUUGAUAAAAAAGACCAGUCCAGCAGUGGAGUAUCUCUCCGGCUAGGCUUGUCUGACAGCAGCCUCCUGCAGUGUCAGGACCAGACUGGAGAUCUCCAGACCGCCCGUGUGGGAGAGACCCAGGCAAAGGCAGCCGUCUCUGCUGAGAAUGGCUCGAAGGACGAAACGGACAUGGAGCCUGCCAAAUGUUCAUCAGUGUCUGAAAAAGAGAAGCAAAUGAAUUUGGACCUGGAAGCCACACAGGCAUACAUUUCUGAACCGUACGGCAGUGACUUGGACGCUGCAGAUGAAGACGAGGAGCAGGAGAACACUGAGCCUUUAGAUUUCGGUAUUUCAUCUUCAAUUGCCAUGGCGGAAACCCAGCUAAUAUCUCCCCAGGUAGAAGAGGAGGAUUUGGCCACUGCCAGUCAAAGUAAGCUCGCAGUCCCGGACAUUAGUGAAACUCAACCCAUGGCUCCAUGUGGAACUGACGACAGUGAUAGUGAAGGCUCUAUACAAAUAGCACGAAAAAGGAAGGCGAAGAAGCUCCAUCUUGAAGACGAGACACAGGAGUACACAAAUUCUGAACUUUCUGUAGCUCAAACUCAGCCUCUUGCUCCAAGUGAGGAUGAUGAGGAUGAUGAUGAUGAUGAUUCAGAUUUAAUAGGACGACCGCAAAAAAGAAAAGCGAAGCCACUGCAGAUUGACAGUGAGACACAGUCCCUCCCCUGUUCUGAAGUCUCUGCUGGCCAGACUCAGCCCUUAGGUGCCUGUGAAGGUGAGCAAGGUGAUGAGGAGGACUUCCGUCCAGGUCCUCGCAAAAGGAAGGCCAAACACGACCAGACAAACAGCGAUAUGUCUUCUCUGGAGACCCUGCCGUUAUCCACAGCAAAGGACAAGGAAAGUGACAAUGAAGACUCGCUGUCAGGGAAAGGAAAAGAGGAGCAAUUGCAUCUUACUGAGGAGGAGACACAGACAGUUAACAAUUCAGACAUCUCUACAGUCGAAACUCAGCCGUCCAGUACAAGAGGUAACCCACAAGGUCAGGAAGGACAUGUGAAACAGUCUGAAAACAGUGAAACCACUGCUGAAAAUACUGAAGUGCAAAGACCAACAAGGGCAAAUGUUAGAGAAGUGGAGGAACAGCCAGAGUGUUCAGAGCAUCCACGGAGAAAGACGAGAGGGCAGCGGAAAUCUUUGUCAAGUACCAAAGGAUCGAAAGGAAGAGCAAGUCCUGAUGAAGAGAAGGAAGAAGUUAAUCAGACCAGCAGGACUAGACGGAAAAACAAUACAGGGCGGCAGAAACAUGAGGAGGGCAGACUGGAAAUGGAACCAACUGUAAACAAGAGCGUCACUAAUGAAGGAGAAGAAGGAAGGAGAAGUAAAGCAAAAGUAGAACAAGAAACACUGCAGGCUGAAAAUGCAGAGAGAACAGGACUUGAGAUGGGAAGGAAGAAAAAAGAAGGGGAUGGUGCACCAGAGUGUGAAAACACAGAAGAAGAGGAAGUGGAAUCAAAUAGACAAGAGCGUGAGACAUUACAAAGAGAAGAAGAAGAAAAACAUGUUGAAAUCGCAAAGAUGGAAUUAAAAGAGAAGGAAAAAACAAAACAAGAUCAUCAAGCAAAACUGGAAAGGGAGGCUAAAGAACACCAGGCAGCUCUUGAUAAAGAAAAAACAGAGAGAAAUGAUGCACAGGAAGAGCAAAAACAAGAUGAGCCACAAACUCCUGCAAGAGGUCGAAGAGGAGGCAGAAGAACCGUGGCAGCUCUGAGCACAGUGCCGUCAACCCCUGAAACCGUCACUGCCAGAAGAACCAGAUCACGCUCAAAUUCGUCAAACUCGGUCAGCUCAGAGAGGUCUGCAUCAAGCGUGAACACCCAGGAGAGCAAGGGAAGAGGGAGAGGGAGAGGAAGGGGGAGAGGAAGGGGGAGAGGGAGAGGAGCGACGAGCACCAGUGAGGCAUCCCAAGAAACCAAUGUCAGAAGCAUCAGGACAGCAGCAGCUGCAGGAGCAGCUGAAUUGAACGAAAAUGAUGUUAAUCCACAGGCGCUCAACUCCCUUUCCAUCACGUCUAAUUCCCUUAAUGCUGAGACCUCGAGCUGUAGCGUAAGUCCUCAAAGUAAAGGAAGAGGAGGCAAGCGGCAAGAAAAACAGUCCAAAACCGAUCCCUGCUCAGAAUCCGGCGCUCCUGCCAUCAGUCAGAGUGCUCAGAGCUCAACUCCCACAGCCAGAGGCAGGAAGAGCAGGAGAACUGAAAUAUCCCACAGUGAAGUUAUCCAUGAAGAAGAUCCGAAGAAAACUGAUUCUCAGCAGCCUUCUGCCACUAGGGGGCGCCAGCGAGCCAGUGCAAAAGAUGGUCCUCAACCUUCACAGAAAGACCACACAGAUCAAGAGGAGAAAUGUUCUAAAGAAGAACCUCCUCUGCCUAAAAGAAAUGCCAGGGGUCGAGGUCAGAAAGUAGAAAAGAGUGAACCCGUGGAAGAAACACCAGCUCCUGCAGUCACUGACUGUAAAGACGCUAAAUCCAGAAAUGGAAAAAGAAGGCAGAGUGAAUCUGGUUCCAGCCAUUCUGAGAAAAUCCAAAAAAAUGAAGCUGCAAACGAAGAAGGAAAAGAUGUUCUCCAAGGGAAGACAAGUGCUGCAGCAUCUGACACUCGAGCAAAGCCAAAUGCAAAGAAAUCCUCUGAUGUGAAGGUGAAAGAGGAGGAAACACGUGAGAUGGAGACAGUUCAGAGAAAAGCCAGGGGUCGAACAUCUGUGGCCUCCAGACAGAAGAAAGAGGAAUCAAAGGAAAGUGAAGCAUCGGUUUCUUCAGUGGAGCCGGAUGCAUCAGAGUUGCCCCAGACUCCAUCCAACCGUGCAUCCCGGAAGCGACAGGCAACCGCGGACUCCUGUCUCACAGCAAAGAGUCUUCGAUCUUCCCCUGCGUCCCCUGCAGCCAGCGGUCGACGACAAGCUACCAGCCAAACCUACAGGGUGCUGUUCACUGGAGUGGCGGAUGAAGCGGGGGAGAGAGUGUUGGCCCGUUUGGGGGGCGUUAUGGCCAAAGGUGUGGCUGACAUGAACUGUCUGGUGACUGAUAAAGUACGGAGGACGGUCAAAUUCCUCUGUGCAGUGGCUAAAGGCGUCCCGGUCGUCACUACGGAGUGGCUUGAAAAGAGUGGCAAAUCUGGGAGCUUCCUGUCACCUGAUGCUUUCUUAGUGAAGGACGCCGAGCAGGAGAAGAAGUUCAGCUUCAGCCUGGAGGAGUCUCUGAGUGCUGCCAGCAGCCAGCGUCUUCUACAGGGAUAUGAGAUCCAUGUCACCAAGUCGGUGCAGCCGGAGCCCGUUCACAUGAGGGACAUCAUCACCUGCAGUGGAGCCACGUUUCUCACAAAGAUGCCCUCUUCUCAAAAGCCUCACACGGUGGUGAUUUCCUGUGAAGACGACUGGCCGCUGUGUGGACCGGCCGUGUCUGCGUCGCUCCCCGUCGUCACCGCCGAAUUCAUCCUCACAGGAAUCCUACAGCAGAAAGUCGACUUUCAGGCCCAUAAGCUCUCUCUCCCUGCACCCAGCCUGCAGAGCGCCGGGGGCAGAGGACGGAGCAAGAAAAAGACCUAGUGGUGAUGGUUCAUGAUGUAAAAACCUACACAGAAUAGGACUGGACUGAUGGAAUACUUGUGAGAAAAGACUUUUGAAUGUAUUCAAGACAACAUUUGAUUUUUGUCCCUAGUGUAAACAUUACUAGUUGUACUUUAGCUGCACUAUAUGCAUACGUGUGAUUUUAUCAAAUUGUCAUCAGACAUUUUAAAAGUGGCCUCACAGCUUUACCAAUGCGUGAGAGAAAGUCUGGAGAGAUUUUCUCUUGUCUUAAGCCUCGGUUAGCACUGUGUCAGAAAUCUAAUCUUUGUGAAGUAAUUUUGUUACGAUCUGAUGUUUUACCUCGAGCGCAGGAAACGGUUGCUGCUAAUCUUACAGCGUCGAUACAAGAGCUGCUAUGCAGAGUGAGAAAUAUUUACCUAUUAUCAUCGUCGUCAUUUCUCCUCAUUCUCUUUUACUGAACAACUAAAGACCAAGUUUCAAUCUGCCGAACUGUUGCUUCCACUCAGUCGGGCAGUUUGGCGGGUGACCAGCCGUGAAGGGAGAGUUUGUUUGGAUGGUGGAACUGAUGGGAUCACUGCUGAAACCCAUCAGCUGCAGUGGUCAGUAAAGUCUUUCCUGUCCUGAUAAGAAAUGCAUCGUGCCUUUUUAUAUACUGAGAUAAUCAUGAACCAACUCAUGUGUUGUUGUUUCCAUUUACCACCGACUCCAUUAAGGCUUUAAUCCCUUCCUCUUAUCUCCAGGGAGAGUGAGACUCUAUAGGUACCUGACUCUGCUGAUGCUGCCAGUACAUCAAUAUCUUAUUGUGUUUCUCUUUCACAUCCAUAUAUGUGGUCUGUUUACAUCAUGUAAAGGAAAGACAUAAGGAAUCGGCAGUUUUCCUCCUGAGCUACCAUAAGCCUUUAAAUGCCAUCUGUGCUGUGAAAGAUGCUCAUCUAUCUCAUGACUUAUCACCCGAUUCGUUUGCAAUUAUUCAAUAAAUCUGCCAGUUCAUUCAGUGAUAUUAAACAUUUUCUGUCACCUGGAAAUACAUGUAUGUUUUCUGUCGC